AUUUGGUUUUGAUGUAUAGUAAAACCAGAAACGGACGUUCUAUUGACUUUGGUGGUGUUUGACGUGUUGUGACGUUUCUAGAUAUUACUCCGCGCUAAUACGCGGAUCCCCUGCUUAUUUAGCGCGGCGCUCGAAUGGAAGUCAACAGCUGAUCGCUAAGGAAUUAAACACGCUCGAGCAGCUUUGGCAAAAUGGCCAGUCUAGGACUAAAAAUUUUACGGUCAUGCCGACUUCUCCAGAAUGGCUCCAAGAUUCCCCUAUACUGCACUGCUCAGAGUCGAGCUUUCAACAUGAUAUAUGGGGACCUGAACAAAUUGACCCCAGACGUGCGACAUUAUGUGGAGGAGAAUGCCAAGCUGUGCCAGCCUGAAAAUAUUCAUGUCUGUGAUGGCUCUGAAAAGGAGAAUGAAAUGUUGCUAUACUUGCUGCAGAGGGAUGGGCUCAUCAAACGGCUACGGAAAUAUGAAAACUGCUGGCUUGCACGGACUGACCCAUCUGAUGUUGCCCGUGUGGAGAGUAAAACAUUCAUGUCCACAUAUUACCAGAGAGACUCCAUUCCUAUCCCCAAAACAGGUGUGCAGGGGCAGCUUGGGAACUGGAUUGCCCCUGAUGACCUGGACUCCGAGCUCAAUAUGAGGUUCCCAGGCUGUAUGAGAGGACGCACAAUGUUCGUGAUACCAUUCAGUAUGGGCCCUGUGGGGUCCCCCUUAUCCAAGAUUGGUGUUCAACUGACAGACUCAGCCUAUGUAGUGGUCAGCAUGAGGGUGAUGACCAGGAUGGGUGCACAAGUACUGGAUGCCCUUGGAGAUAGCGACUUUGUCAAAUGUCUUCAUUCUGUUGGGGUGCCGUUACCCACUAGCAAGGGCCUUGUGAACAACUGGCCAUGUAACCCCAAAAGAACCAUCAUCGCUCACAUUCCAGAGACCAAUGAGAUCUGCUCGUACGGCAGCGGUUACGGAGGAAACUCACUCUUGGGCAAGAAAUGUUUCUCACUGCGCUUAGGGUCCAUUAUGGCAAAGCAUGAGGGAUGGUUGGCAGAACACAUGCUGAUUUUAGGUAUAGAGAAUCCUAAAGGAGAGAAGAAGUAUGUGGCAGCAGCCUUUCCCAGUGCCUGUGGGAAAACGAACCUGGCCAUGAUGAAUCCGUCGCUGCCAGGCUACAAGAUCACCUGUGUGGGAGAUGACAUUGCCUGGAUGAGGUUUGACGAGCACGGACAGUUGAGAGCCAUCAAUCCAGAAGCUGGCUUCUUUGGAGUCGCUCCAGGCACAUCUGCUAAAACAAAUCCAAAUGCAAUGGAAACAAUCAAGAAGAACACAAUAUUCACAAAUGUGGCUGAGACCAGUGAUGGUGGGUUCUUCUGGGAGGGAUUAGAAGAAGAAAUCCCCAAAUUUGUCUCCAUCAAGUCCUGGCUGGGGGUCAGUGACUGGUCACCUGAGAGCAAGAAAAAUUCAGCUCAUCCCAACUCCAGAUUCUGUACCCCUGCUAGUCAGUGUCCAAUCAUGGAUGAUCACUGGGAGGACCCUGCUGGAGUGCCAAUCUCAGCCAUCAUUUUUGGAGGCAGGAGACCUGAAGGUGUACCUUUGGUGUACGAGUCAUUUGACUGGAAUCAUGGUGUAUUUGUGGGGGCCAGUAUGAGAUCAGAGGCCACGGCUGCUGCCGAACACAAAGGUAAAGUCAUCAUGCACGACCCGUUUGCCAUGAGGCCUUUCUUCGGUUACAAUUUUGGCCAUUAUAUGAAGCACUGGCUGUGUUUGAAGAAACGGCCUAAUGCGACCAUGCCAAAAAUCUUUCAUGUUAACUGGUUCCGCAAGAAUGAUCAGGGGAAGUUCAUUUGGCCAGGUUUUGGGGAGAAUGCUCGUGUGUUGGACUGGAUUUGUCGCAGAGUUGACGGGGAGGACAUUGCCGAGAAGAGCAUGAUCGGUUAUGUGCCCAAACCAAACUCCCUUCUCAUGGAGGGCUUGGAAGGAAGUGUCGACAUGCAAGCCCUCUUUGAUCUGCCCAAAGAGUUCUGGGAACGGGAAGUCAAGGACAUCAGGAAAUAUCUUGAGGAACAGGUGAAUGAAGACGUCCCAGAUGAGAUCUGGGAGGAGUUGGAGAAGUUGCACACGCGUGUGGAGUCAGAGAAAUUGUAGCACAGUCCAGCUGUAGAUGUUUCUAUUUAAGUGAACUUCAGUUGUUGAAAUGUCUUUGUGCCUUGACUUCCAGUGACUUGAAUCUAAGCUGGUGCUUAUAUAAUUACAUGCGCUGUUUUAGGGGUCUGGGUGCUUCAUUGUGUAAGUAAAUGCAUAAGGGACUUUUCAGAUAGGAGACUGGACUACUGGAUAUCAGCUGUGAACAGCGUGCUGAUGCAUGGGAGGGAAGCUUUGUGCAUGUAGUGCCUGUGUGUGGACCAAUGCAACUGUUGUAAUCUUUGUCUAAGUUACUACACAUAAAAUCAUCCACACAUAAAAUCAUCCACACGUAUGAUAAAUUCAUGCAAUUUAUGCUAAAAAUUACUUGCCAUUUAUCUUAUAUCCCAAGCUUUGGCAUCUUUGGGUUUGUUUGAAAAACAUACUCUUUCCAACAUUUUUGUAACUCUGGUCACUUUUUACAAAGGAUUAAUUAUAUAUUUUGCUAUAGUCAAAUCUGUAUUCCAUGUAUGUGUACAGAUCUUUCACUAUUUAUAUAUAAUGGGUCAGUGGAAAGCCUAAUGAAAUUUUUAACUAUGUGGAUAUGUCAUGAAAUGUCGUUCUUAACAGUUUUGUGAAAUCCAUUUGUCAUCACACCCUUCAUGUUUAACAACGAAACAUACUUCUCGCUCAGACAUCUACAAAUUAUAAAUUCUAAAAAUUUGCAUUAGAUCCAACAAAGAUGGCUCAUAAUCUUAGUACUAUAUAUAUGCAAAUUUUUUUAUUAGUGUUAAUAUAUUUUUAUAUUCAAAUUGAUUUUUAAGGCAUUCUUAAUACUUACAUAUGCACUUGUCGUAAUCAUUCACCUAUCCAAGUGUUGUACUCCAAUUUAAACACUGCUGUCAAGGCUGUAGGAACUAUCUACUUCAUCCUAACCGUUAACAGAUGCAUUAAAAAAAAAACCUGUAUAUAUAUAUAUGUAUAAUGUUACUAAUA